ACAAUAACUCCCUAAACAAAAAUGAUAGACAUGUAUCACCUCAAGGUCAACAAAAACGAACAAUUAAACCCCUUAAUCUUUUUCUCUACACCGUCGACUCCGCCACCGUCAUCUCCAUUACUCACUCUAGCAACUCAGAGCUGCAACUAUUCCAUCAUCAUCACCACCACCAACCAUUACAAGAAUUACCAAUUUAUUUUUGAUUUUUGAUGUGGCCCCCAAAUCCACGCCCAUUUUAUAAAAUCUGUAGGGGAAAGGUUCAUCCGUGGUCAUUUAAAGGAUCAAAAUCGAUUAAACAGGGACAGACAAAUGUAUUUUGUGAAGCAGGAUUCUGUCGAAGAAUUGCUACAUUUGGUGAUUGUUUUUCGGAAUUCGGAGAGGAAUCUAGUAGAAAAUCCAUUCAGAAACAAAUUGUUGAUGCACUUUACCUGGAUGACAGAGGCAGAGCUUCCACUAUGCUUUCUGAGCUUGGCCGUGCAAACAACGGACUGCGAGCUGAUGACUUUGUUGAUAUUCUUAGGUACUGUGCAACAUCACCUGAUCCAUUGUUUGCCAUGGAGACUUGGAAGAUAAUGGAGGAAAAAGAGAUUGGUCUGGAUAACAUAUCUAGCCUGCUUAUGACGCGAGCCCUUUGUAAAGGGGGUCAUUUGGAUGAGGCAUUCUCUCUCAUUAAUUUCAUUGGAGAAAAACAUGGCAUGAAUCCUAGUCUGGAUGUGUAUAAUAGUUUCUUGGAAGCCUGCUCAAAAGUGCGGAGUCUCAUUCAUGCCAAUAAAUGUUUGGAUUUGAUGGUGCAGCGAAUGUCUGGAAAAAAUGAAGUUACAUACAUGCAGCUGCUGAAGCUUGCAGUCUGUCAGAGAAACCUCUCUGCAGUUCAUGAGAUUUGGAAAGACUUUACCAAGUUGUAUAGUCCAAGUAUCUUGUCUUUGCAAAAUUUGAUUCAGUCCUUCACAAGGUUGGGAGAUGUAAAUUCUGCAUGUGGAACGUUGCAAUAUAUGGUGUCACUAACCCUUCAAGGAGGAUAUACUUCAAUUAGAAGUACCGAUGGAGGCAGGCUGUAUUCUUCAAGAUUGGACAUUCCUAUACCUUCUAAUGUGAAAUCAAGUUUGCAGGGAUUUUGCUUGAAGGAGAAGAAUGAACAGUUUUUUCCUUUAAUGGCAGAUGUCUACGCCAAUAACAUAGAGCAGAGUACUAUUUCUAUCUCUAGAAAUGAAGUUCAGUGUGUUGGUCUGAAUCAAACUAAAGGCGUUCCUACUAUGAAGGUCUUGAAGUCAUCUUUUGGUGAUGUAAUACACGCAUGUGCACAAACUCAAAAUUAUAGACUAGCAGAGCAGUUAAUGCUGCAGAUGCAAAAUCUUGGGGUGCAACCUUCAAGCCAUACCUAUGAUGGCUUUGUUAGAGCUGUUGUAUCCGAGAGAGGUAUAAGUGAAGGCAUGCAAAUGUGUAAGAUUAUGCAACAGAUGAAUCUGAAGCCAUACAACUCAACUCUUGCAGCUCUUUCAAUGGCUUGUAGCAGAAAUUUAGAACUUGAUUUGGCAGAGGCUUUACUUGAUCAAAUUUCAUAUUAUCAUGAUUCACAUCCUUAUAAUGAUUUUCUUAAAGCAUGUGAUGCUAUGGAUAAACCAGAGCGUGCGGUUAGGAUGUGGGCUACAAUGAAACGAUUGAAGAUACAGCCUGAUAUCAGGACAUAUGAACUUAUGUUCUCAUUGUUUGGUAAUGUGAAUGCUCCAUAUGAAGAUGGAAAUAUGCUGUCACAAGUAGAUUGUGCUAAAAGAAUCAAUGCUAUUGAGAUGGAUAUGAGGAGAAAUGGUAUUCAGCACAGUCAUUUAUCAAUGAAGAACUUGCUGAAAGCUCUUGGAGCAGAAGGGAUGACACGAGAGCUGAUACACUAUUUACGCAUGGCGGAAGAUCUUUUUUGUGGCAGUAAUACUUAUCUUGGAACACCCAUCUAUAACGCAGUGUUACAUUCACUAGUUGAGGCUGGGGAAAGUCACUUGGCUAUUGAAAUGUUCAAAAAUAUGAAAUCAAGCGGUUGUAGGCUAAAUGCUGCAACUUACACUACAAUGAUUGAUUGUUGUAGCACUAUACAGUGUUACAAAUCUGCAUCUGCACUUGUUUCCUUGAUGUUGCGUGAUGGAUUUGAUCCAGAGACAGCAACUUAUACUGCUCUCAUAAAGAUUCCGCUGGAAGAUGGAAAUUUCGACGAAGCCGUGAAUCUUUUGCAUCGAGGGAUCUCAAAAGGGAUUCAACCUGACGUAUUGUUAUAUAAUACUAUUCUUAGAAAAGCAUGGGAAAGGGAAAGGAUUGAUGUUAUUGAGCUAAUUGUCGAGCAGAUGCACCGUGAUAAAAUUAAACCAGAUUCGGCGACCUGCAGCGUUGUGUUCUCUACAUACGUGCAACGUGGUUAUCAUGACACAGCUAUGGAAGCAUUGCAAAUUUUGAGUAUGCGGAUGAUUGGCGAAGACGAUGAAUUUCAAGAAAAACGGGCAGAAUACGAGGACGACUUUAUCCUUUCCGAAGAUCCAGAAACUCAUUUACGAAUACUCGAGUAUUUUGGUGGACCUGAAGAGAACAUUGUUGUUGCCCUGUUAAAUUUAAGAUGGUGUGCCAUUGCAGGGCUCCCGAUUUCUUGGUGUCCUAAUGAAAGCCUAUGGGCAAGAAGACUUUCUAGCAACUACGAUAGCACAUUCAGAAGAAUUCCGAGGUAAAAACUAACGGCUAAUUUUGUGAAAUGGACUUGGUUGAUGAUGAAAAUGAGUUAGUACAAUUUUGUAUGUAGGGAUAUUUCUUAGUUUAGGGAAAGGAAUUUAAAAUUUCCUUGCUUUUCCAAGAUCGAUUGAUUAUCAUGUGCAAUCUUAUACAGUAAUUUAAUUUUAGUAGCCAAUAAAAUAUUCAUGGAUGUAUCA